UGUUCUCACCACAUUCCUUCAUCACCACAACGCACAAACUCAUUGUUUCAUUUUUUCUUUUCUCUUUUUUUUCUCCAAACAAUAAAAAAUGGCUUCUUCUUCUCCUUCUUCAAUGGUAAUUAAUGUGUCAUUUGUUUUGUUUGUGUUUUUAUUAAUGAAUAGUUCUUCUGCUCAACUCUCCACCAAUUUCUACUCCAAGACUUGCCCAAAGCUACUGGAUACUGCGAAAUCAGUGGUUAAAUAUGCGGUGUCAAAGGAGAGGCGCAUGGGUGCUUCUCUCCUUCGCCUGCACUUCCACGACUGCUUCGUUAACGGUUGUGAUGGAUCAAUACUUUUAGAUGACACUUCGUCUUUCACCGGAGAGAAAACUGCAGGUCCCAAUAAUAAUUCUGUUAGGGGAUUUAAUGUGAUAGAUGAUAUCAAAUCUAAAGUGGAAGGUAUUUGUCCUGGUGUUGUCUCAUGUGCUGAUAUUGUAGCUAUCGCUGCUCGUGACUCUGUUGAAGUUCUUGGAGGGCCGACUUGGGAAGUAAAACUUGGACGCCGAGAUUCUAAAACAGCUAGCUUUUCUGCUGCCAAUAGCGGCGUAAUCCCGCCUCCCUUUUCUACUCUUAACAACCUUAUCAAUAGGUUCCAAGCUGUAGGCCUCUCCACCAAAGACAUGGUUGCUUUAUCUGGAGCCCACACAAUAGGGCAAGCGAGGUGUCUUCUCUUCAGAACACGCAUAUACAACGAGACCAAUAUCGAUAGUUCCUUUGCUAAAAAAAAGCAAGGUAGUUGCCCAUUUCCUUCUGGGUCUGGAGACAACAAUUUGGCACCUCUAGAUCUUGAAAGUCCCACUGUUUUUGACAAUGAGUACUACAAGAACUUGAUCAACCAAAAAGGACUCCUCCAUUCUGAUCAAAUAUUGCACAAUGGUGGAUCCACUGAUUCCCUGGUCGAAAAAUACAGCCAAAGUUCCAAUACCUUUAACUCUGACUUCACUGCAGCAAUGGUUAAGAUGGGAGACAUUAGUCCCCUCACCGGAUCCGAAGGCGAGAUAAGAAAGAAGUGUUGGAAGGUGAAUUCAUGAAGAGAUUUGAGUCAUUAAUCUCCUUGGAAUAAAUAUAAAACAAUAGUUUUGAGUUUUCCCCCCCAAAAAAAAAAAAAAGGGAGGCUGCUUGUUUUUUGUUCUUUUGGUUUGCUUGUUAUCCAAGUAGGAAUGUUGAAUUGUGAAUUUUUUAGUGGCAUAAGCUUUGUUUGAAUUUACCAAAUUAAUUAAUGCAUGUACCCUUUUUUCCCCAAA